UGCGGCGUCUCUUGCCAGCUGCUGGCGGAGGAAGCGCCGAAGGAAGGAGCAGCAGAGGCAGCUGGAAGCGCCCCUCACAAGUUGCGACCCCCGACGCUGUCCCGGGACGCGCGAUGCAAGACCGCCGUUCUUUCGCAUCCUAACUGCAACCAUUCCGGUUCCCAAAGACCCUGCAGGAGACUUUCGCCUUCCUUCGCCCGCGAUGGACUCCCGGCUGCUGCGCCUCUGCCUCUGGGCGGCUUUCUCCGGCUUUUUCCUGCCCGGGGUAUCCGGAAUAUCUCCAGAGUGCGCACUCAUGAUAGCCAUUCAGACUGAACGAGACAAGUGUGUGAGAUACUCCAGUUCGGAUAAUCUGACUUUAGGUUGUGGAAGUCUCUGGGAUAACAUUAGUUGCUGGCCCUCCGUAAAUUUUGGGGAAACAAAGGUGUUGUCCUGCCCAGUUGUUUUCACCUACUUUACAAAAUUUCAAGGUAACGUCAGCAGGAACUGUACCAGGGAUGGCUGGUCAGAUAUUUAUCCUGCCCCGUAUCCGGUGGCUUGUGGGUAUGACCCCAACAUGACAGUCACUGAGGAACAGUCGGUCGUCUUCUACGGCACCGUGAAAACUGGAUACACCAUUGGACACAGUUUGUCUCUCAUCGCUCUGUCAUUGGCUAUGAUGGUCCUCAGCUUCUUCAGGAAGCUGCACUGCACCCGGAAUUAUAUCCACAUGCAUCUGUUUAUGUCCUUCAUCCUCCGUGCUGUGGCCGUCUUCAUCAAGGAUUUCAUUUUGUUCGAAAACGGAGAAUCGGAAUACUGCUCCACAAGCUCGGUGGGUUGCAAAGCUGCGAUGGUGUUUUUCCAGUACUGCAUCAUGGCUAAUUUCUUCUGGCUUCUGGUCGAGGGCUUGUAUCUCCACACCCUUCUGGUCAUCUCCUUCUUUUCGGAGAAGAAAUACUUCUGGUGGUACAUCGUCAUAGGCUGGGGUAUUGUGACUUUCUUUCCCUACUACACAGAUGCCGUUCCCAUCCAUUGCCUGAGGCUAGCCAAAUCCACUCUUCUCCUGAUCCCUCUCUUCGGUAUCCACUACACCAUAUUUGCCUUUUUUCCGGACACGGUCAAGAAGGAAGUGAUGUAUGUCAAACUGGUCUUCGAACUUAUCGUCGGUUCCUUCCAGGGGGUGGUGGUGACUAUCUUGACAAUCAAAGUCAACGGGCAAGUCCAGUCCGAAAUGAAACGUAAAUGGCGUCGGUGGCACUUGGAACGCUUCCUCGGUUCCGACAUGAAGUAUCACCACCCGUCUGUCGGCAGCACCGGCACCAAUUUCACCACCCAGAUCUCGAUGGAGGCCACCUGCAGCCCCAAAUCUCAGCGCAGCUCCACUUUCCAAGCCGAGAAAUCUCUGGUUUGAGACCCACGGAGGCCGAAGACGAUGCCUGGCAAAAAAGCUGCAAGCAACAGGAUUUGGGAUUAUUCAAGUAUUUGGCAUUAUUAUUAUCAUUAUCAUCACCAUUAUCCUCAUUAUUAUUAUUAUUAUUAAAGCCAUUUUUUUUUUUGCAAGCAGAACUGGGGUGGGGGGGGCAGAGGACUCUGAAUAAGAGAGAUUAAGUCUGGACAAAUCCCUCCUCCUUUUUUUCUGAGCUGGAAUCGGUUUUGAAGGUGGAGACAGCAGCCAGGGUUUUUUUUCCAUCUGGCUGGAAUGGACAGGAAGGAAUGGAAGAACUCAGCUGUGAAAAACAGAAUUGUUUCACUGAUGACGGGGCCGACUUGGGUCAUGAAACGU